CAUACGCGGAGAAGACUAAUAAAUUAAUCUCAACCCUACUUACCUGCCAUCCAUCCACCAUCACCUUCUUCACCAAACUUCCAAAUCUCAACCUCAACCUCAACCUCAACCUGGGUCUUUCAGUUUCAGCCCUUCUCUCCUCUGCUCUGCUCUAAGUCUAUUUGCUUUGCUACUUUGCCAUCCUUGUUUCUUUGCCAGUUUCCCAGUUCCCCAAAAUAAUAAAUAUAAUCCUCUCUACUGACAGAGCUCCCAUCAAUCUUCAUUUUUAAAUUCUUGGGUUGUUGGUGGGUGCCUCUGGGUUUUUAUUCUUUGCCUCCCAAACAAAGGCAGGCAUUAGAUUUUGUUGGAUUGGAUCUACAAGCGUGAUUUUGGGGAUGGGAGACAAACAGAAAAAAAAGGGUAUGCUUUGUAUUGGUUAGUCAGUAUAUGCAGCUAGUUGGUUCAGCUCUUGUUUUCAAGAAUUUAGAGAGAAAAUAUGGGAUCUGGUAAUGGGGUUUAUUCAGUUGGGGAUUUCAAUUUGGAUGCCAAGUGGCUGAUCGAUCCAAAGCAUCUUUUUGUUGGGCCGAGGAUUGGGGAGGGCGCGCAUGCCAAAGUGUACGAAGGAAAAUAUAAGAAUCAAACUGUUGCUGUAAAAAUUGUUCAUAGAGGAGAAACUCCAGAGGAGAUUGCCAAGAGAGAAUCACGGUUUGCAAGGGAAGUGGCAAUGCUGUCCAAAGUGCAGCACAAAAAUUUAGUAAAGUUCAUUGGUGCCUGCAAAGAACCUGUCAUGGUCAUAGUGACUGAGCUUCUUCUGGGCGGGACUUUGCGCAAAUACUUGUUCAGUAUGCGGCCAAGGUGCUUGGACAUAUGCGUGGCAGUUGGGUUUGCACUUGAUAUUGCCCGUGCUAUGGAAUGCUUACACUCCCAUGGAAUCAUUCACCGGGACCUGAAACCUGAGAAUUUGAUCUUGACCGCAGACCAUAAAACAGUUAAACUUGCGGAUUUUGGCUUAGCAAGAGAAGAGUCGUUGACAGAGAUGAUGACCGCCGAAACUGGGACAUAUCGGUGGAUGGCUCCUGAGCUUUACAGCACAGUUACAUUACGACAUGGAGAGAAGAAGCAUUACAAUCAUAAGGUGGAUGCUUACAGCUUUGCAAUUGUAUUGUGGGAACUCAUCCAUAAUAAGCUGCCUUUUGAAGGCAUGUCGAAUCUACAGGCGGCAUAUGCAGCUGCUUUUAAGAAUGUGAGGCCCAAUGCUGAAAACAUUCCUGAGGAUUUGGCUUUGAUCGUAACUUCAUGUUGGAAAGAGGAUCCAAAUGAUCGGCCCAACUUUACCCAAAUUAUACAGAUGCUGCUGCAUUAUCUCUCUACUAUUUCAGCACCGGAACCUGCUAUCCCCCAACGGAUAUUCAGAUCUGAGAACGCUGUACUACCACCAGAAUCACCUGGUACUAGUUCUUUGAUGACUACGCACGAUGACUCGGGUGAAACCCCUAAAAUCGACGUGGAAGAGAAGCCUAAAGGUUUUUCCUUCUGCUUUAGCCAGUGUUAUUGAUCCUCUAAAGCCAUAAUCUUGGCUUCGGAGGUUUCCCAUAUUACUCUUAGGAAAGCUCAAUAAAAUCAUGCCCUUAAAUAUUACUAAACUACUAGUCUUAGGGGGUAAGUUUGCCAAAGGAAGCUGCCUUGCCCUGCCAUCUGAUGUUAGUGUCAAAUUGUUGGGAUAGGCCUUGACUUUUGUUUGGUCUGAAGGAGAUGAAAUCAAAAGGAAUUUAGAGUUCUGGAGUUGGGGUUGCUGUGAUGUAGUGACAUUGUAAAAAGAAGGGGUUCAUCCAAAAGCCUUUGCUCCUAUUCAAGAAAUCUCUAUUGAGCAUAUCAUAAUCUCAAUCUCUACGACCGUUGACAUUCAAACUCUGUAACAAAUAAUAUUUUUGUUGCCUUUUCUUUUUCUUAGCAGUCUAAUAAAGUUGAUUGUUUCUGGAUGUA